GUGGGCUGUUUUUGGAGUGGAGUGGAGGCUGUCUUGACCGCAGUGACACCGGGUGUGGCCUGAACACAAUACUGGAAUAAAAACGACUCAUACUUCGUGAAAAACCCGUUAAGGGUGAGACCCCACAGCGUCUGGGCCUGCAGUAUGUCCGAGUGGAAGAAGAGAUGUGCAGAGGAAUGGAGCCUGCAGGGCGCACCGAUGCCCGACAGUCAGGACUGGAAGUCCGUCUAUGACGCAAAACCGCUGGGGAGGAAUCUGCUGAAGAAUCCGUCGCCUCACGGAGUUAGCAAGGACACCCCUCCACCUGAACCCGACCUGCAUGGAGUGUCAAGACGUGGACCUCCAUGUUUCCAACCUGAUGGGGACUUUAGCGGCUGGACCACAAGCACUGAAACACUCCCCUACGACCGCAGUGGAAUCCCAGCAGGUGCUGUGAUCUGCCAGCUGCCGCGAUACAGCUGGUUCACCAUGGAGCAGGUCGUGGAUCUGAAGGCAGAGGGAUUGUGGGAUGAACUGCUGGACGACUUUCAGCCUGAAAUAUUCAUCCAAGACUGGUAUAAGGAGAAUCGGCUGCAUAAAUCCAUCUUUGAGCUGCAUGUGAAGUUACUGGGAGCAGACAAAAUCACAGUGAUCUCCGAGCACAGCGCCAAGCCCACAGAAGACCGCAGCGCUUACUCGCACACCUGGAAGGAGGUGUCAUACGUGUUCUCUGGCUACGGACCAGGGGUAAGGUAUGUCCACUUCCAGCACCGACUGAAGCACCAGUACCUGAACGGCUUCUACGAAGCGUUGUCCAGCGACAGCUCGGUGAUGGUCAGACCAACUAAAACCAGCGCCUAAGUCCAGUCCUAAAGAAGCUGCAAUGCAGACAUAGUUGCAUCACACUCAAUGUAACCGACCACAUCUAAAGAUAUUUCCUUGUAUAGUUAUUAGUUUGCUGUUAAUGUACUAAGGAAAACAGCUUAGUAUGCAACCACACAUAUCACUGUAUUUACUUUUAAUGUUGAUAGUUGAAGAAGGUAUUUAAUGAAGGGGGGAUAGUAUAUUUCUUUUUGUUGUUAUUUGAAUAACCAUAUACUGUUUUGUACCAUAAUAAAACUUUUUUUUUUUUUUUCAAAACA